CACUCAAACCGAACGCGUUGAGGUCUUAAUAUAUGGCAAGAACGAUGGAUGGACAUCAGCCAAAAAAGUAAAUAGCAUUCCAUAGCUCCACUUAAUAAAACAAUCAAUCACAGCGCCUACUUAGAGCUCCCGCCUUCUUGCCUCGACCUCGUGCGUGCCACAUUAUGAAACACCCGAACGGGUUCAGUCACGAGUCAGUGGAACGAAGAACCACCACCACGACUUGUACCACCGAAACGCUUCCAAAGGCAACAAACGGACUGCCUCGAUGAGACCGGCACUAUAGACAACCCAGCACCACGGCGGGGGUGCACGGUGGGACGCCAACCCAGCCUCGAAGCACCGCAUCCCAGGGUUUCGGCCUAGGGGACCAGUAGUCGUCGUCUUUCUUCGUGGGUGACACCGACAAUGACAUCCAUGGUUGCGGCUGGUGGUGCAGCAGGUUAUUUAUUUAUGGUUCGUUUGUUUCUUGGUUCUGCCUGCCGGGCUUCUUUUGGCGCGUUUGGGAAUCCGUCGGUUUCGUCCACUCCCGCCGCGGAUUGCGUUUGAACACUUUGGUGCAAUGAGACGCCGUUCGUUGCCGAAUCGCACGGUGCCGGUACCGGUAGUACGUAUUGUUCACGAAUACCGAUUCGGUAACACAAAAUCCAAAAAUCCAACCAAUGCUCUACGGUACGAGUACUACCAUACCGUAUCUAUCUUCUUGGGAGCACAACACACAAAACACAAAUUACGGCAUGAUGGUAUCUUUGGCGUCGCACGGUCCGCGCGUGAACCUAAAAUGAGAAAUGUACCGGUAUUCUUUGAGGUCCGUGUUGUUAUCGUGGGGGAAUUUUGUACACUAGUGACAUCAGCGAGGCCGAGAGCUUUGGCCCGAGACCGAAGUGAUGUUGUUACUGCAAGCACCUUCAACAAACUCGAGAGCUUUGGCUAGAGAGCACCGAGCAGCAGCGUAUAAGUAUAUGAAUCCAUGCGAGCGAGGUUACGGAGGAAGCUGAUGCAAUACGGAGGAGCUGCCGAUACCGAGAACGCAAACGUUGGAUAAGGAGCAUGCUGUUGGUGUUGAUACAGAGGAUGCUCGCUGAUGCGGCGUCCGCGGAUACGGAGGACGCUGCUCACUGUUGCGAUACGAUUUGCUGAUGCGGAGGACGCUCUACACUCCUGCGAUGCGAUUUGCUUGUUGAUGCGAUACGAGUUGCCCAGUCGCGGAUGCGGAGGAUCCUGCUGCUGCUGCUGMUGAUGAUGAUGAUGAUGCUGGUAACACUGGUACAGAGGGCGACUCGGCGACUCGCAUCGCACCAGCGAGUCGCAUGCUCGAUGGAGGAACCGUGUGGCGGCACAAGGAGCCGAUCGGCCACAGCGGGUGCAAUCCCUUGCGUUGCGUUGCGUCGUGUUGCGUUGCCCACCAGUGCGAGGUGUGCCGUCCCGCUUUCGAUCCACUCUCGGUGGUGGUGGUGGUGGUGGUUGGUUUCCCGCCGGGAACCCAAGGCCGCUGGCGGUUUGUCUUGUCUUGCGCAAGAGCCGUGCCGUGCUUGAAACAACAUCCGCUGACACGCCACUAGAUGCGAUGUGAUGCGAUGCGAACAAUACCUGCCCUGGCUCGGCCCGGCCCGGCCUUGCUCGGAUCAACGAACACCGCGAAACAAAGGGACCUCCCCGACGGAACGGUCCGUUCGUGCACGGAUGCGUCCGUGCCUCCUCCUCGUCGCAGCUAGGAACCGGAACCGCUCGGCGAGAACGAGCAGACGGGGCCUCGAUCCAGUGGCGGUGUCUCGUCCAGAACACAACCCGUCGCGGAACCGCGGCGUGGUUUGCGUUGCGUUGCGCUGCGUGCCACACCACCACCAGCGGCAUAUCCGGAACCGCGUGGGCCGGGGCCGAACCAUUGAAACCAACGGGCUGGUGCUGGGCAUCGUGUUCUACGGCACAUUCCGCUGCUCUAUGGUGUGGCAGGCAUCGAAGAACAGAACAGAACGGAACAGAGCUACCGCGACACGCCAAACCCGAGUGGAGUGGAUCGUGGAUUGCAGUGCCCGACAGCAGCUCGCAGAGAAGCACACACGGGAGAGAUGCCCACUUGCAGAGUUCCUCUGGACCGUCGUUGGGUACACUGCAACCGGUGUGUGGUGUGUGGUGUCGGGACAUGGAUGAAGCAAUCGGCGGAGAGGCGAUUCGCUAGUCGGUUGCCGGGUGCAAAGCAAUAAUGCUUUCUGUUUUCUACAGCAGUUCAUUUAGCACAGUUCUUUGAAAACGAAUGAGUUUUUAUUGCAUUGUUACUGUUACAACAUAAAUAUUCUAGUAGUACAAGAAAGCUCCAAAGAAACAUGUUUUGUCGCCCGACAUCCAUUCUGCACAGACCCCGCGUCGUGCAAUCGGACAAACCGGCAAGCGAAUCGAAUCGAAUCAAUUGGUUCCUCCCGAUUCCUUCCCUCGAUCAGUGCUCGAACCUGCAGCUGGCACCCCUCCUGCAGCCCUUUUUGGAGUAGAAAAACCUGCACUUGUUGGUCUUCUUGUUGGACUUGCACUCGAUCCUGCCGAGUGCCCUGGUGAUCGGCGAUUGGACACGGGGUGCUCUUGCGUGGUUUUGGAGGUGACCGCCGUCGCCGAGAAAGUGUUCGGUCCCCCAGUCCGAAUCGGGUUCGCUUUCGUCCAGCGACCACGACGACAGGGACAGGGACACCGAUGGCGCCAACGACGGCGACAAGGACAUUGGCGUUGACGAGGAGGAUUCGUCGCACAGGGACAGGAUCAUUUCCAUCGACACCUCUCCGGCGCGGGGGUGGUCCGAGGAAUCGAAGGAACCCCUUUGGCGCCGAGGGCCGAAGCUGUUGCAGGGCAGGCACGUGAACCGCUCGAAGGAGGCGGAUCCAUCGGUCGCUAGGUCUUCUGUUGGAUGCAUCGUGGCUGUGUUGGCUUGGUAUGGUGUCGUGUGAUACCGUAUUGUUUGUGGUAAUUCGAUGUGCGAUGUGCGAUGCGACAAAUCUUUUUUGUGCUCACUCCUACCGACUGCGGAAAAUUCUGAUUCUUCGGAACGUUUCAAAAAUCAAGGUUAAGUCUGUUGUUUCCUAUUGCUGCUCGUACUUGUACCGUAGGAACCUUCGUCCUUUCUGACGUUCGAAACGAAAAUCAAACCAAUGGUUCGGCUUUUUGUUUCCUUGCCCGUACCGGCCGGUACUCCAUUCCUAAAUCCUACCUUGAGUUUAAUCCCGUCGUCCAUCGCUCUGAGAACCAUCAAUCACCCCACUACGGGUGUUACAUUAUUCUAAAACGAAAGCGAAGUGUUCUUUUUGUUUUCUUCGUUCAAACGGUGUACAGCCGCCCAAUCGAUCUUGUUGGGUAGGCAAAGGGCAGGGGUUUUUCCUCCCGGAAGCAGGAAUCGUCCAAACGUCACACCUUGGUCGCGCGCAAGCAAAAACACAUUCUGACAACUGCCACCGCAAACAUAUUUUUUUGUCGGAAAUCGAAAACGGUACUAGCACUAGGUAGGGUACGUACGUACUAGGCAGAACUACGAAAAACUGCAAAAAAAAACUUGCAAGAAUCUUCUCCACCAGUCGCGAUUGAUACUUUUUGUUUUGCUUCUCGGGGAAGGGUUCAACUUUUUCGUCGGAGGAUGAAUACUAACUUCAAUGCGGUGCUGAUGGAAUCUUCUCCACAGGAUUCUCCACCGGAGAUGAUUAGCUAGUGCGCGUUUUAGAUCAAUCGAGUACGGCGACGACAAAGAACACGAAUGGCUGGUUACUAAACUUCAAUUUGAAGUUCUUGUCAUUGCUUAGUAAAUUCAAGAAAACUCGGAUUGAACAAGAAGGAUUGUGUUCCAGCUCGGAUCUACCGGUGCUGCCUAUUUUCUCGAUCAUAUUAAUCACCAUCAAUUAUUGGAUGCUGCUUGAAGUAAUAUUCUUCUUGGUUGCUCUUCUUGCUUCUGUUUUCUAAUUUCUCAAGAAUCUUAUCGCCAUCAAUCAUCCAAUCCUGCUUGAGGGCCUUUUCUACUUUUGAAGAAAUGAUAGAUUUGUAC